GACGUAGCAACCGCCAUCAAAAACAAAAUGGCGGACGAGCGAAACUUCAUCUCCCCGGCAACACACUAAAGUAACACGAAAAUGGCGACAAUUCUCAACACAACCACUUCCAAAGGCGCCGGGAACUACAUAGGAGAGACCAAGAAACAGCUUAGAGACGGUUUCGGGGUAUUCAACUAUGAAAAUAAGUUCUUUAGAUACGAAGGUGAAUGGAGCAAAGGCAAAAAGCAUGGUCAUGGAUGUUCUUUAUUGUUAUUCCAUUGACUAAUACAGGUCAUGGCAAGCUGUUAAUGGCUGAUGGUAGCUUUUAUGAGGGACAGUUCAUGGAUGGUGAGAUCCAAGGUCAUGGGUUUCGCUACUGGGCGUCAUCCCGUAAUGAGUACACAGGCCAGUUUGUAAAGGGGGAGCUACACGGGAAUGGCGUCAUGAAGUAUGGAGAUGGCUCUCAGUAUGAGGGAGAGUGGAUGAACAACAGGAGGGAAGGAUCAGGCAAGCUAAUGGAAAAGGAUGGCUCUGUCUAUGAGGGUUCAUUCCAUGAACACAAGAAACACGGAGAGGGGAAAAUGAUUUACAUCAAUGGGGAUGUGUAUGAGGGGGACUGGGUCAAGGACCUUCGGCAGGGACAUGGUAUAAUCAAGCAAGAGGAUGGUACUCUAUAUGCUGGUCAGUGGUGGGGUGAUGAGUUCCAUGGUGAGGGCUCCAUGGUCCACUGCUCAGGAAUGGCGUACGAGGGCCUCUGGGUUAGCGGCAGACCCGAGAUGGAGGCAGUUGUUCUCAGGAUAGUCGGCAAGCCUGUGGCUGAAGUUGCCCAGGGCCGGCCAUUUGGCUUUGAGGUUGAGUGUUGUACUGCUAAUGGUGAUGUUAUUCCAGAGGAGGGGCGGCUGCUCCAGGUCACAGGCUGGGUCCGCAUCAUCGGCAGAACAAAAACACCCACAGACCAGGAUGAACACCUACCGACACCAUUUGGGUUUGAAGUCGAGCCCUACUACUUGACUGACUCCCUUGGCGACAUCUCGGCUGAUAGUAUGGGACCUGGUACAAUAGGUGGGCCCCCCAGUGCCACGCCUAGCAGGCCGCUGCCAGUGGCAUCCCCGACACCUUAUGACAGCUCAGCUGACAUCCCAAGGCAGACAGACAGUAUACAGGUGCCAGAGAUAACUCAUGAUGCGGCAUCAGACAGUGGAUCUGCUGCAGAGAGUAAUUUAGAUCUUCCGAACAGAACUGCUGCACUAUCACAAGCCAGCAUGAUGAUGAAUAAUAACAGUGAAAAAGGACCACUGACAACCGAAGAGAUUGCGGCGCUGAUGCCACCCCCGCCAUCCACUGCAAGGACGACAGGUGGAAAAGCUGUGUUUGAAAAUCUUUACUUGCCUCCACUACCUCCUGGGGUAAAGUCAUUCACCACGCUCUCCCAAGCAGUGGAACCACCACGGCCUGAAUAUGAGAGGCGUGGCAGCCUAAUGAGAUGGAAAAAAGCUGGCUCCAGUAUCAACCCAAAUUUACUUGGAAAAGUCAACAUUCCUUCUUCCAUCGGCGAAGGAGGGAGCAAGAGAAAGAAGAAUAAGGAGGAUCUUGUAGACAUUGUGGAGAAAGUUGAGGCCAAGGAAGGAAAGAAAGGGCGGAAGGACAAGAGGGAGGAAAAAGAGGAAAAACUAUGUAAACCAGGGGAUUAUGUCAUCGUCGUCCAGGACAUAACAACCCCAAGGUUCCUGGACUCUAGGCUGGCCCCAGCCUUCUUCCAUGUUAAGCUUCAGCCCAAGAAGCGAGCCAAAAGCAAAAUGGAAAGUCGAAGAAACUGAUGUGUGUUUGAUAUUUUCUACUGUUGUAAUAUAUAAUAGAUAUCUGCAUAAGAAAGCAUUCAAGUUUGUUUGUAAAGGCAUUACUGCGAUUUUGAACAAUCUGCAAACUCAAACUCAUGAACUUUAAGCUACAAAAUACAUUACUACAGCUUCUCUCACUAAAAAGCCUUGAACAGUUUGCCUUAUUGGGCUACACUUGCCUUAUUGGGCUACACUUAAAGACUUCCAAUUGUUCCAUCUCACUGCAAUGUGUUGACCAAUGACAGGGUACAAAAUGUGUCCAUUACAGAUUCAAAACCUAAUUGAUGGAAGUGAGUAAUGAUAUUUUGAACAUUUUGGCUAGCUCUCAGAAUACCCCAAACCUAUUCCAUUGUCUACAUUUUAUAUUAAUUAUGUAAAUAACUGAUACAUUCAUUUAUUAAAAUGCAAUAUGUAUGUUGAA